AUGGUUGGCGGCGGCCCCCCGUCGGACAAUAUCGUCCAUCGCAUGGCGAUGGAAGAUACCGUCCCCUGGUACCGCAAGAAGAACCUGCGUUACCUUUACUUCAUGCUGUUCCCGUGCCUCAUGGGCAUCGAGAUGACCUCCGGGUUCGACUCGCAGAUCAUCAACGCUGUGCAGCUGGUCCCUGCGUGGAGCGCGUUCUUCGGACAUCCUACGGGCGGGUACAAGGGCAUCCUCGCCUCGGCGCUUCCCCUCGGCGCCGUCAUCGGCCUGCCGUUCAUCCCGCUGCUCAACGACAACCUGGGGCGGAGGUGGUGCGUCAUGUUUGGCAGCGUGACCAUGAUUAUCGGGUCGCUCAUCCAGGGCUUCUCCAUCGACGGGCCCAUGUACAUCGUGUCCCGGCUCAUCAUCGGCUUCGGCCUGCCGUACGCCAUCGUCGCCGGCUCCAGCUUGAUCGGCGAGCUCGCGUACCCCAAAGAGCGCGCCAUCCUGACGUCCCUGUUUAAUGCCGCGUAUUUCAUCGGCGCUAUCGUCGCUUCCGCUGUCACCUAUGGGACGCAGCUCAUCCCCUCAGACUGGUCUUGGAGAGUGCCUUCCCUCCUGCAGAUGUCGCCGUCCUUGAUACAGGUGGCCCUCGUGUUCUUCCUGCCCGAGAGCCCCCGUUUCCUGGUGAGUAAGGAGCGGUACGAGGAGGCCUUCCAGGUCCUGGUCACGUACCACGCCGAGGGCGACGAGGACUCGGAGUUCGCCAAGGCCGAGAUGGCCGAGAUCAAGACCACCAUCGCCAUCGAGCUCGAGCACUCGAAGCGCUCCUGGCUCGACAUGAUCAACUCGCCGGGCAACCGCCGCCGCGUUAUCAUCGGCUCCCUCCUGGGCGUCAUGUCGCAGCUCUCCGGCAACGUCGUCAUUUCGUACUACCUCGGCGACAUCUUGAACCUCGUCGGGUUUACGGACCCUUCCUUCCAGGCCAAGUACAACAUCGGGAACCAGUGCCUCGGACUGGUCUGCGCCGUCUUCACCGCCCUCCUCGUCAUGAAGUUCAAGCGCCGGACCAUGUUCCUGACGUCCAUCUUCUCCAUCCUGGUCAUCUACGUGGCGUGGACUAUCUGUUCGGCCGAGGCCGUCAUCACGGGCUCCCAGGUUGCCGGGAAGCUGUGUCUGUUCUGGAUUUACGCGUACCAACCCGCCUACAACAUCGGCUUCAACGCUCUCACGUACACCUACCUGGUGGAGAUCUUCCCCUACGCGAUGAGAGCGCGCGGAAUCACGAUAUUCCAAUUCUUCGGAAAGGCGGCCCAGUUUUUCGGCACGAACGUCAACCCCGUCGGCUUGGACCCGAUCCAGGGCAUCGGCUGGAAGUUUCUGGUCGUGUACUGCUGCUGGAUAGCCGUAGAGGCUUUCCUCAUAUGGUUCCUCUGGCCCGAGACUUCGGGCCACACCUUGGAGGAGCUCACUUUCUUGUUCGAGGACGCGGACCGCGCCCAGGCGGCCACCACGGCCGUCCAGAAGCAGAUCCAACAGGGCGAGCACCGCGAAGACGUAAGGGCGUCUGAAACUGCCAGCAAAGACAAGGCUUAA